UGAGAGGUGUCAGUUUUUUUCUCCUUUGCAGGUAUUUAAUAUAUCAUUUUCAUAUACAGUUACAGAAAUAGUAUGCUACAGAGCUUAAAGAAAAAAAGAAGCAUUAGUUGAAUUCAGAAGUGGAUUUGUCUUGUAUGUACUAGGAAUUGGCUGUCCUAUUAAAUUAGCAUUUCAGAAGUAUCUAUUUAAAUCCAUAUUGUUGACACUACAGUGAAAGCAGUGAAACUUGUCAGCAGAUGAUUAAGUUUUAUGGUUGAUGUCCACACUUUUGUAUCCUGGGACCAAUAUCAAGUUUCUGGGAAAAACAUCCUUCCUCUCUCCCCAUGUCCCUCUAUCAUUAAGUCAGGGUCUCAGCCUGUUGGUGUUAGAUGUGUCUGGGAAUAAAGGUGUAUCACAGUCAUUUUUCACUUACUAAUUUGAGAAGAUUUAUUUCAGUUUUUCAGUUUUUUUCCCCUCCUGAGGCAAGAAGCAUGGCUACUUUUUCAAUUCCCAAGACCACCAAUUGGUAGUAUUAUUUCUGGGUGAGUGGAACACACACUUUACCAGCAGCUGGAGAUGGUAUGCAAGUCCCUAGAUCACUGGCUUUCCACUAACUAGUCUUUUAGGAAAGCGACACUGUUCCCACGGAAAUCAACAACCGUUCAACUCAGGCUUGAAAUCUUAAGGCCGAAGUGGAGAAGAAAACUGGAUUGUAAAGGGUUGGGUUACCGUUUGAGGAGGGCAGACAGGAGUUAGUGAAUGGAUAGAGUGUCAAAAUGGGACUUUACUAAAAGACUCAUUAAAACUGCAAUAAAGACAAACCUCUUCUGGCCCCAGAAAAUUAAAAAAGAAAAAAGAUUCAAAAACCCAUUUUCAAACAAAAUUUAGCAAAUGUGGGAAACGUAUAAACUCAGUGUGGAUGCUUGCAAGACCACCUCCCCGUCACUUCAGGCCAGAAACCGGGCACAGGUGUGAGCAUUUUGCAAAAACAGUUUUCAAAACUAUUUUUCAACGCGAAACGGCGCGCCUGAAGAGCUUCAGAGCGGAAAGCACUUCACGCAGUCUAGUGUUCUCCCUGGGUUGCUAACCUUUCCGCCUUUCCCAUCCCGCCACUCCCCCUUGGCCGCCGCCUCCAGCCAGGGGGCGUUUGUUUACGUGACGUCAGCUGUAGUAAGCAGUCCCCGCCCCCGUUUCUCUCUGGCCGCCUCGUUUCCCGCGCCGCGGCGCUUCUCCCCUUAAAAGGACAAUAGAGGCCUCGGGAGCGCGCGCGCCCGCCGGGCCUUCUCCCCUCCCAGCCAUCGACGCGCGCGCGCCCGUAUGCAAAUAAGUUCGAUUCAGGAGAAUUUUGUACCAGGAGCCGCGCGUGCGCAGAGGGAAAGCGGAAUCUACACCUUCCGCGCCAGCGGUAGCAACUGCAGAACUGCAGGAGACAAUCUUUCUAGACAAGGCAGUUGAGAAGGAGGGAGCGUUUGGAGGUGGGCUUGGCUUGGCGUGCACUCCGCACCUCGGGAACGUUAUUGCGCGUGGAACGUCUGCUUUUGGCAGACUAUUGCCCAGAAGAAAAGAUGUUUGGUUUUCACAAGCCAAAGAUGUACCGAAGUAUAGAGGGCUGCUGUAUUUGCAGAGCUAAAUCCUCCAGUUCUCGAUUCACUGACAGUAAACGCUAUGAAAAGGACUUCCAGAGCUGUUUUGGGUUACAUGAGACUCGUUCAGGAGACAUCUGUAAUGCCUGUGUCCUGCUUGUGAAAAGAUGGAAGAAAUUGCCAGCAGGAUCAAAAAAAAACUGGAAUCAUGUGGUAGAUGCAAGGGCAGGACCCAGUCUAAAGACUACACUGAAACCAAAGAAAGUGAAAACUCUAUCUGGAAACAGGAUAAAAAGCAACCAGAUCAGUAAACUGCAGAAGGAAUUUAAACGUCACAAUUCUGAUGCUCACAGUACCACCUCAAGUGCCUCUCCAGCUCAAUCUCCUUGUUAUAGUAACCAGUCAGAUGAUGGCUCAGAUACAGAGAUGGCUUCUGGCUCUAACAGAACGCCAGUGUUUUCCUUUUUAGAUCUCACAUACUGGAAAAGACAGAAAAUAUGCUGUGGCAUUAUCUAUAAAGGCCGUUUUGGGGAAGUCCUCAUUGACACACAUCUAUUCAAGCCUUGCUGCAGCAAUAAGAAAGCAGCUGCUGAGAAGCCGGAGGAGCAGCGGCCAGAGCCUCUGCCCAUCUCCACUCAGGAGUGGUGACUGAGGUUUAUGUAGAAGGGGAACAAAAAAUGAUUUAAAUUUUGGAAAACACCAACAAAAUGACCUUCCUAUUUUUAACUUGGAUAUCUGUUAUUCUGCCAAAAGAUGAUUUCUAGAAUAGUUUUGAGUGGGUUAUUUUCCCUCCAGUUCCACAAAGUCUGAAGCCAGUAUCUAGCUUACUAAAAGAAAAAGAAGAAGUGUACAUAAUAUUUAAGAUGCUGAGUAUUUCAUAGGAAAGCUGAAUGCUGCUGUAAAGUGCUCUUUAAGGCUUUUUAAAAAAAUCCCCUUCUAAUGAAUGAAAUUAGGGGAAUUUCAGGGGACAGAGAUGGGAUUUGUUGUAUGAUAAACGUAUGUAGUUUUAGUCUUUCUAUAUUGAGAAGCAGUGGUUGGGGCAUUUUUUAAGAUGGCUGGCUACACUUGUUUUCCUUCGUUAUAAUAAAUUUGUCAUAACUCAGUAAACACAGACUUGCCCCUAGAGGUAGCUGUUAAUAACUUUGAAAUAUUAAGGUGUUGCCAAGGUUCUGAUGAUUCAAACCUGUACUACUGAAUAUUAAGCAGGACGGACUAAGCUCUCUAGUGCGAAUAUCUUGAAGGAGUAAUUUCUAAAUAUACAGAGGUAACUUGACUGUAUAUGUUGCAUCCUGUGUCACCUCCCUCCAUAUUGAUAUUUGAUAAAGUUUUUAAUUUAUAUGAAACUUCUAAAGCAGAAUCAAAGUUCCUCUUGGGGAAAUGUCAAAUCUUUAGUAGGAUAGGCAAUCCUAUAUGAAUAGUACCAAAGCAUUACCCCUUGGUAGAGAACGCACUCUAUUAAAAAUGUUAAAUUAUCUGAAAAAUAAAAUGUGCAAGUCUUCAGGAUGGCACAUGAAAAACACAAAGGUUAAUGCUUCUUGGGGCACAUUUCUUAGAGGGCUUGCAAGUGUGUAAAUAAUUUGUUUAUGUUACAUGACUGGUGACUUCAUUGAAAAUCUGCACAAUUCAGUUUUAGCUCUGGAUUACUUCGGUUGACCUUUGUGAAGGUUUUAUCUGUGUAGAAUGGUUGUUUGACUUGUUUUAACCUAUUAGGGUUUUGGGUUUUGGGUUUUUGUUUUUUAUUUUUCAUUCUAUAUUAAAGUAAAAUUCUACUAAAAGAAAAGAGGUGUGUGUUAAUGCUGAGUGGGUUGGUUUUGGUUUGGUUUCUUUUAGUCAGGCUUUCUGAACAUUGAGGUGUUAGAUGAUACAUCCUAAACGUGGAGCUCUUCAACUGUAAAACCUUCAUUAAAAGCCUUUUACUUGAACCCAAACCAAAGUACUAUCUAUUGCCUCUUUUCUAAAAGUUCAGGAAGAAUAUAUCACCAGUUCAGACUUUUCAUAAUGCGGGAGGAUCAUUUGCCUACCUUGUUGUAAUAACAUGACUCAGUGCUUAUUUUUAAAACUGGAUUUUAAAGAUUGGAUAGUAUAAAUAACAAGAAGGAGUGAGCCAAUUUUUAUGGGUACCCUAUAGUUUUAUAGUUCUUAAUCUAAACUUAAAAUUUUAUAUUUCUUCCUUUGGAAAAAACUACAAGCCACCAUAUGCACAGACUACAUAGUGAGUUGGGUCAGCUCUCCCACAGACUUUGAGGUGUAUGACCAGAAUCCCAGCCAUUAUCAUCUUCCUCCUGAGUUAUUUUGAAAUGGUUUUUUUUUCCUCUCUCUUUUUUUUUUGUACAUUUUGGCUGCAGUAUUGGUGGUAGAAUAUACUAUAAUAUGGAUCAUCUCUACUUCUGUAUUUAUUUAUUUAUUACUAGACCUCAACCACAGUCUUCUUUUUCCCCUUCCACCUCUCUUUGCCUGUAGGACGUACUGUAUGUAGUCAUGCACUUUGUAUUAAUAUAUUAGAAAUCUACAAAUCUGUUUUGUACUUUUUAUACUGUUGGAUACUUAUAAUCAAAACUUUUACUAGGGUAUUGAAUAAAUUUAGUCUUACUAG